CAGCUUCAUCAGGAGGAGUCCAGCCCAUGCCUGAAGCUUUUUCUAUACUUUUUAGUUCAACUUGCUGCAUCACUGAAUCCAUCUUUCCUUUUGGUUCCAAACUCACCUCCUGCACACUUCAGUGCUCUUGUUCAGCUGCUUAUGCUGUUGCUACUUCUGUUUCCUUCCUGGGAACCUAACACGUACAAGAAGAGUUCUACAGAAAUUGUUUUCUUUCUUUUUUGUGCAUUCAGAAUUAAACUUAAGAAAAUAUAACUACAGCAAGGAAAAGUUCUGAAAAGACUGUAAAAAAAAAAAAAACUAUACAAAAAAGUUAGAAGACAUAAAGAGGACAGCAUCCUACCAGGUGUAUGGGACUACGAUAACUGCUAUACAGUACAACACUGAACUCAUAAAAGAAAAACUAUGACCACUUUGUUAUUAGUAAUCGUUGGCUUCCGAGUCAUCGCUGCAGCAAUAUCUGUUGAACUUUCAGGUCACGUCAAUGAGCUGGAAGUCAGCAUUCCUGUAACAUCUCCUUUACAAGUUACCUUGGGAAGAAGCCUAAUGAUUCCCUGCUACUACAACUUCCUAUCAUUAUCAACAAACGCUAAUUCCUCAUUCUAUCUUUCUACUCGUAUAAAAUGGAGCAAAGUGUCACAAAACAUAGAGACUGUUAUCCUAGUGGCAACUGCUGGCAAAGUUCGCAUCAGUUCUGCUUAUCAGGGAAGAGUCAAAAUGAGCAUGUAUGAAAGCUUCCCUUCAGAUGUGUCGCUGGAAAUUGACUCCGUCAGUUCGAAAGACUCAGGAAUAUAUGCCUGUGAAGUGAUGCAUGGAAUAGUUGACAGUCAAGUCCCUGUAGAAGUCUCAGUGAAAGGAAUUGUUUUCCACUACCGGGCCAUAUCCACCAGGUACACCUUAGAUUUUGAGAAGGCACAACAGGCAUGUAUUGAGAACAGUGCUGUCAUUGCAACUCCGGAGCAGCUUCAAGCAGCUUAUGAUGAUGGAUAUGACCAAUGCGAUGCUGGCUGGCUGGCGGAUCAGACUGUCAGAUAUCCCAUCCAUAGACCUCGUGAGGGCUGUUAUGGUGAUAAAGAUGAAUUUCCUGGUAUCAGAACAUAUGGUAUAAGAGAGCUUAAUGAAACAUAUGAUGUUUACUGUUUUGCGGAAGAACUAAAUGGUCAGGUAUUCUAUGCUACUGCACCCACUAAAUUCACUUUCCAGGAAGCUCAAGAAAAGUGUCAAAGUGAGGGUGCUCGACUGUCAACCACUGGAGAACUAUACCUUGCCUGGAAGGAUGGCAUGGAUGUGUGCAGUGCUGGAUGGCUUGCAGACGGCAGUGUCAGAUACCCCAUCUCUAAGCCAAGGCCUACAUGUGGAGGCAAUCUAGUGGGAGUUCGCACUGUGUACCGCUUUCCAAACCAGACAGGCUACCCGGAUCCUCUGUCACGUUAUGAUGCUAUAUGUUUUAAAGGUGUAACAACAGAAGCUCCAAAACUUGAACCUAGAGCAGAUGUCACAAUAGAAACUGUUACUGAUGACCAAGAAGAGGAGAUUUUUACCCAUCAUCCUACUGAAGAAGAGGCAGUAGGAGGCCCUGUAAUCACUCUUGAACCAAGCAAUAUUACUGAAGAAGUGUCUGAGCCUUAUUUUACAACAGAAGCCAUAACUCUUACACCAGAGUCUACACCAGAGUCCACAGAGACAGAAACUGCCCUACCAGUAACAUUUGAGCCCAUUCUAGUCCCUAUUACUUAUGUGCAAAUCAUGGAAGUACCCCCCACGCCAGUUGUUCCUGAAGAAACUGUUACAUCAGUCACUCAGUUACCCCCAUCUAGCUUAACUGAGGAAAUUACAACCUCACCGAUCAUCAUAGAGGAGAGCACUGCCCCAGAAGUGGUCAUUCCUGAAAGUACCACAGUUGAAAUUUUGCAGGUGACCAGUGACUCUGAAAAGGAAGCUAUAACAGCAAUAACCAGCCAUGAGGAAGUUACAGAGGAAAAGACCACACCUGAAGUUGAAACGCCCUAUGUCACCGAUGAGCCGGUAGUUGAUACAGCAGUGGCUGGGACAGCAGCCCCCUUUAAAGGUAUCCUGUUUCAUUACCGAGCUGCGUCCAGUCGAUAUUCACUUAAUUUCAAUCAAGCUAAACAGGCUUGCCUGGACAACAAUGCUGUCAUUGCCACUCCAGAACAGAUGCAGGCUGCUUAUGAGGCUGGUUUUGAACAAUGUGAUGCUGGUUGGUUAUCUGAUCAAACAGCCAGGUAUCCAAUUGUAAGACCAAGGCAGAGGUGUUAUGGAGACAAGAUCAUCCAUCCAGGAGUGAGAAGCUAUGGAAUCCGUAAUCCACAUGAAAAGUAUGAUGUAUACUGCUAUAUUGAACACUUGCAAGGAGAAGUGUUUUUCGCAACUUCACCAAAUCUGUUCACCUUUCAAGAAGCUAAAGAUUACUGUAAGGGACAAAAUGCAGUACUGGCUUCUACAGGACACCUUUAUGCUGCUUGGAAGGAAGGUCUGGAUGUAUGUCGCAGAGGCUGGCUCUCAGAUAGAAGUGUUCGCUACCCAAUUGUCCAACCUAGACCUUCAUGUGGAGGUGACAGUCCAGGAGUGAGGACCAUCUAUAUCUUCCCCAAUCAAACUGGUUACCCACACCCUUGGAACCGAUACAAUGCUUUCUGCUUCAGAGCUUUCCCUACCACAGAAGAUCUGGUAACAGAAGGUACUGUACAGCCUCCUAGCAUUGAUGAAGAGGUAAUAGUCACUGCCAUUGCACCAUCAUUAGAAAAAGUUCCCACUGAGGAUAUCACAAGUUCUACCUUCACACCUUUCAUGGAACAAGAAACAGUGAGUCCAACAGCUGUGCCUCCUUCAACACUGAUCCCAGAAGAUUCUAGUGCUGACUUGAUCUCUGGUGAACCUUCUGGCUUUGCAGAUGUCAGUGGUCAGCCAUCUGGAGAUGUUUCUGGGGAUGUAAGUGGAGAAUCCUCAGCUGGAAUUGAUGUUAGUGGACUGCAUCCAGGACGUACAGAACUAUCAGGAGAUUUUGAAACUAGUGGAGCACCAUCUGGACUGCCUGACAUUAGUGGAGAGACCCCGGUGAUUACUGAUACUAGUGGACUUCAUCCAAUAACUACAGGACUAUCAGGAGAUUCUGAACAACAUUCUGGACAAGAAGCUUCAGGUAUACCUACAAUAACCCUGGUAGACUCUGAGGUAGUCAGCAUUACCAAAGUCACAGAGCCUGCUACUGAAAUGCAACAAGGGGAAGAGCCAUCUGCUUUCUUUCCUGGCAGUGGGCUACCAUCAGCUGAGCUGCCAGAUAUCAGUGGGGAAGUCCCUGAGUCUUCUGGAAUAAUUUCUGGAAUCCCUGAUAUUAGUGGGGCACCUUCAGGUCCUACAGAUGUUAGUGGAGAGAGAAGAAUUCCAGACCAUAGUGGACUAUCCUCUACUGAUAUGGAUACCAGUGGAGAGCCUUCUGAUUUAUCUGGAAUAGUUUUAAUAACUUCUGAAUCAACUGAUAUUACUACAGAGGCUUCAGAAGCACAAGAAGCAGGAAAGGGACCUACUGCCAUACUUGAAAUCAGUGGAUCACCAUCAGGUGAUGUAUCAGGUGAUGUAUCAGGUGAUGUAUCAGGUGAUGUUUCAGGUACAACUUCUGCAAUAUUAGACAUCAGUAGAAUAGCAUCUGGGGUGGAAGAGAUUAGUAGUGCAUUUUCUGGUAUCCAUGAUAUUACUGAACAACCUUCAGGAUUAGUAGAUACCAGUGGACUACCUUCUGGAGUCCAAGAUAUAUCUGGUAUAUCAUCUGGACUUCCGAUUACAUUUGUGGACACCACUUAUGCUGAAAUUACUAGUAAACCAUCUGUUGAGGAAGAACAGAAAGGAAUUACAGAGAUCAGUGGACUUCCAUCUGGGGAGUCAGAUACAUCUGGAAUUACAAGUGGCCUUCCUUCUGGGGUCCUAGAUAUUACUCUUGUGGAUGCCACUCUAUCUGAAGUUGCCAUUAAGCCUUCCCAUACUACAGAAGCUGGCAGAGGUAGCAUAGAAAUCAGUGGAUUACCAUCUGGAGAGGUAUCUGGAUUUCUCGAGCCACCUUCUAAAAUAGACGUUAGUGGAGAAAUCUCUGGAGUUUCAGGACUUGGUGAUUUACCAUCUGGAAUACCUACCAUUAGUGGGGAACCUUCAGGAGUAGAAUAUGUUAGUGGACUUCCUUCUGGAAUCUCAGAAACUAGUGGGAUUCCAUCAGGCAUUACAUUAGUGGAUACCACCUUAACAGAAAUUGGUGCAAAAUCAAUCAUUACCCAAGAAGCAACAGAAGGCACAUCUGCUAUUAUGGAGAUACCAUCUGGAAUCCCUACCAUCAGUGGUGAGCCUUCAGGAGUGGAAUAUGUUAGUGGACUUCCUUCUGGCAUCUCAGAAACUAGUGGGAUCCCUUCAGGCAUUACAUUAGUGGAUACCACCUUAACAGAAAUUGGUGCAAAAUAUAUCAUUACCCAAGAAGCAGCAGAAGGUACAUCUGCUAUUAUGGAGUUACCAUCUGGAAUCCCUACCAUCAGUGGGGAACCUUCAGGAGUGGAAUAUGUUAGUGGACUUCCUUCUGGCAUCUCAGAAACUAGUGGGAUUCCUUCAGGCAUUACACUAGUGGAUACCACCUUAACUGAAAUCGGUGCACAACUGCCCAUCACCCAAGAAGCAACAGAAGGCACAUCGGCUAUUACAGAAAUCAGUGGACUUCCCUCAACAGACCUGCUUGGAUUUCCAGAUAUCAGUGGAACUCCAUCUGGUUCUGUAAUUGUCAGUGGUGAGACCCCCUCUGGAAUUGAAGUUGCUAGUGGAAACAUAUCAAGAACAUGGGCCAGUGGCGAACUACCAACAGAAUCAGGAGUUAGUGGGGAGCCAUCUGGAAUUUCAGGGAUUACACUGGUAUCAACUGAACUUGUAGAAAGCAUCACAUUCCCCUCUGUUGAACAAGAAGUAGCGGUAGGACCAACUGUUACAGUGGCACAAGAAAUCAGUGGAGCUACAAGUGCUGAUACAAGUGGAACGGGAUCUGGUGUCAGUGGUAUCACCACAGAGACUUUGGCAUCUGGUGAUCAAAUUUCUAUGAUCACAAAAGUUUCAGGAACAUGUGCAGACAAACCCUGUGGGUCAGGAACAUGCAUCGAUCAGGAAAUGGGCUUCGUCUGCCAGUGCCCCUCUGGAUUUUCUGGAGACCGCUGUCAGAUUGAACUUGAUGUGUGCCACUCAAGCCCUUGUAAGAAUGGAGCUACGUGCAUCGAUGGCAACGACUCUUUCAAAUGCUUAUGCCUUCCCAGCUACGGAGGGGACUUCUGUGAGAUCGAUUUACAGGUAUGUGAAGAAGGCUGGAUCAAGUUCCAGGGGCAUUGUUACAAGCACUUCUCUGACAGGGAGACAUGGAUAGAUGCUGAGACGAAGUGUCGGGAACAAAGUGCUCACUUGGUUAGCAUUUUAACUCCUGAAGAACAGGAAUUUGUAAAUCAAAAUGCUCAAGACUACCAGUGGAUAGGUCUGAAUGACAAAACAUUAGAACAUGAUUUCCGCUGGUCUGACGGUCACUCCCUGCAAUUUGAAAAGUGGAUGCCUCACCAGCCAGAUAACUACUUUGCCAAUGGAGAAGACUGCGUCGUGAUGGUGUGGAAUAUGCAUGGCGAGUGGAAUGAUGUCCCCUGUAACUACCAUUUACCAUUUACAUGCAAAAAAGGAACAGUGGCAUGUGGUGACCCACCAUCUGUCAGUAAUGCAGCAACAUUUGGAAGGAAGAAAGAUCGGUAUGAAAUUGGUUCUUUGAUAAGGUAUCAUUGUAAUGCAGGAUUAAUUCAGCGUCAUCUUCCAACAAUCAGAUGUCAGACAACUGGACAGUGGGAAGAGCCUCAAAUUACAUGCAUAGAUUCUGCCACCUACAAUCACAGACGGCACAAGAGAAACAGCAGAAGUCGAACACUGAAGCUAACAAAACACCACAGCAUCUCUAAAUAAAAUCCCCACAACUACCAGAAAAAAAUAUUUUACAGAACAUUUAUAGUAACAAAAGAGUAAUUUUCCUCUUUUCAUGUAAGACAUUUGUAAAAAGAAUUUGUGUAUGUAUAUAUAAAUAUAUAUAUUUUUUGUUUGUUUUUUCUUUUUUUUUUUUUUUUUUGUCAAAAACACCAAAGCAAACAACAGAUUCUGGCAUUUAAAUUGCCCAGUCAUUCAACUUCACGGACUGCCUUUUUGGCUUUGUUAUUUUUUUGGUGGGAGGGAAGGUAGAAAAAUGACAUUUGUAAUUCUUUGAUUGUACCUAACGUAAUUAUUUUUCUUUGUAAGUUAAUGUCCAGAUGACAUAUAAGAAACAUUUAAAAAGCACCAUGUUUAAAGGACUUUUACACACUCACACACACACACACACACACACACACACACACACACACACA